AUGGUGACGAGACCAAAAGCACGAGUGCAAAUAAAGUCUGGAGUGCUAGAGCAUGAAUGUGCUAGAGAUCAUCAUAACAGACAUGUUAGUGCAGAGUGGAUAGCAAAGAAUUACCUUGAACAAUUUAGGGCAGACCCCAGUUGGAGAGUUGCUGGCAUUGUGCAGGCUGUGAAAACUAAUCAAGAAGUAGACAUCAGCCGAUUGAAAGCCUACAGAGCCAAGUGUAUUGCUCAAAGGAUCAUAGAUGGUGAUGAGGAAUCACAAAUGGCCAGGUUGUAUGACUACAGGCUGGAAUUAGUGAGGACACACCCAGGAUCAACAGUAAUAAUUAAAUACAAUGAAGAGGUCUUUGAAAGUAUGUAUGUCUGCCUAGCUCUUUUGAGAGCAGGUUUCUUAUCAGGUUGCAGGAAAUUGGUGUCAUUGGAUGGAUGCUUCCUAAAAGGUUUGUAUGGGGGGCAGCUAUUGUCUGCAGUUGGGAUAGAUGCAAAUGACUGCAUCUACCCCAUUGCAUGGGCUGUUGUCAGUAAGGAGAACAAGGAAAAUUGGACAUGGUUUCUACAAAUUCUUGCUCAAGACCUCAUGAUCAAUAACAGCCACCAAUGGGCCUUCAUGACUGAUAGGCAAAAGGGGUUGAUACCUGCAAUAGCUGAAUUAUUUCCUAUGUGUGAGCAUAGAUAUUGUGUUAGGCACAUCCACACCAACUUCAAGAAGACAUUUAGAGGCAAAGCACUUAAGGACCAGCUUUGGUCAUGUGCUAGGGCAACUUACACCUCUGCAUUUAACAGAGCACUAGAGGGUCUAAAACAAAUGAAUUUGGGAGCAUUUGAUUGCAUCUUAGAAGCUAGGACCAAGGGAAUUAUAACAAUGAAUGAGACAAUGAGGACACAAUUGAUGAAGAGAAUUCAGAAAAUGAGAGAUGCAAUGCAAAAAGUGACAACCCUACACCGCCCCAGAAUUGUAAAGAAACUUGAGAAAUCCAAAGAAUUAAGCUGGUUCUACAGCACUACAUGGAAAUGGCAGCUUAGUGGUAUCCCUUGUAGCCAUUCAGUGUCAGCCAUGUACUAUAAUAAGGAAAAGCCCGAAAAUUACCUUGACUCAUGUUAUUUAGUAAGCACUUUCAUGGAAACAUAUAGUCACAUCUUGAGUCCCACCCACGAUAGAGAUUCAUGGCCUAAGAGUGACCAAGGUCCAAUCAUCCCACCACAGGCAGUAAACAAUAGGAAGGGCAGGAAAACCAGGACGAGGAGGAAAGAUCUGGGUGAAACUAGUGGGUUCAACAAUGGAAAGGUAAGCAAAAAAGGGGUGAAGAUGAGAUGUGGCAUAUGUGGUGCAGUGGGGCAUAACAAAAGAUUCCAUGGAAUGCAGAAGGGAAACAAAGGUAGCCCAGCACUCUACCCACUUGUUGAGGGGACUGCAGCAAACAAACAACCAUCACACCAUCAGGUGGAACAGACCAUUCCUGAACAAAGUGAUAUGAAUUUCUCUCAGUCAAAUGACUUAAGGAUGUCAUCUCAGCAGACUUUCAGUGCUAUUACAAAUCCUGCGAAAUCAUCAUCCACUGGACCAGGCAAUGUUCCUGUGGGGAAGUCUCAAGUGAAAUACAGGGAUGGCAAAAGACCAGGCAAUGCUGACAAAAAGAGGAAAGUUUGGGUGCCACCAGGAGCUGCAACCCUUGCUGGUGCAUCAGAUGUUUACAAGAAAGGCCUUUGA